GGUUUAGAUUCCAAAUUAAUAAUUCUAAUAUAAAGCUUGUAGUUUUUAGCGAUUGUCAGAUUUGUUAGCAUUGCGUGCGUGAAGUUUGUGGCAACUUUCUAAAUAGCUGAAACACAACUUGCUGUCUGUCCUUCGUUGAGGGCUCCUUUCACUUUUCCGUUUCUAAUUGGCACAGCUAAUUUCCGGCAGAAAUAUCAGCCGAAAACCUCGAAAAAGUUGCAAAAAUAGAAGUAAGAACGCGGCACUCGGGUGCUACCGACCGAACACUGAGCUGAGCCAGCUCCAAGAUAUAGCCUUUUUCGAUUUGGCAAGCUACAAAGAGGCAUCUAUAUGUCAUUCCAAGCCUAUGAUAGUUGUCCCAGGCUCUUAAUGAUCGUAGAUAUUUUCACUGCAGACUUUUUUUCCUACGGUCAGACGUGCAUUGCACAAAGCCAAUAUACUCUGUUUACUAAGUGUAAGAAGAAGCACCACAACGCAGCGCGCCAAUCAAAAUAAAAAUAACUCAAGAACUCGUUGGUUGUCCGGGGCAACGGGCGAGUGGCCAAUCAAUAAAAAAGUAAACAAAACCAAAUAGAAGUUAAAAAAUGCUAUUGCAGGUGCGCAGGAAUUUGGGUUUACGGGCAGAUUAAAAAAUAUAGCAAAAGUCCAAUUGAAUGCAGCAGACAUUGCUGUGCCAGUUAAGAGGCAAGAGUUAGGAGUUUGGCCCGCAUGCAGAGCGGGCGAUGGAUUGCUGAGCACGAUGACACCGAAGCGGAAACGACAGCGUGGCAAGAGUCGCGCCAAGGAGCAACAUGAACAGCUGGUCGCAGCACUGGAGCUGGCGGAUAGCUGCUGCGGUGUCUGCCACUGUGACUGCUACAGUUCGCACAGCAGCAGCAAUGCAAGUGGACGUGGACAUGGACAUUCGUCAGCGAAGACGGAGUCGCAGCUGAAACAACUGGAUCUUCAGAUACGCGCCUUGGAGCAAGUGCAGCGCAGCGAGCACAGUCUAAACAGGGACAGCAGUCGAGCUCGCAGCCAAAGCGCUCUCAAAUCCCCCUCCGAACAGCCCAAAACUGCGCACAGUCGACGCGGCUCGGCCGAGUGCCAGACUCGCGUCUCUACAGCUUCCAGAGGCAGGCGCUCCAAGAGUGCGGGCAGCCAACGUAGCCAGUCCAGACAGGAGCAUCUGGAGCUUCGGCUGCAAGCCAAACCUUCCAAGCAGCGCGCUGGACGCACGACUGCCGUGCGCGACUGCCAAAUGCUGCAGACUGUGUUUGGUUCGCUGCGGGGCAGUGAUGGCUCGACGCUGGGCAUCAGCGGCAGCCGAGCGAAGUCAAAGUCGCAGGAGAACAUGUCGCUAGUGCCGCUGGGUCAGAGGCAGGCGCGCAAUUCGCUGUGUGCCUCGAUGGCUAACCUGUGCCUGGAGCCGACCGUGCGCGCUGCCUACGCGCAGGUGCCCAGCCACGAUCAAAGGAUACUCAACCGGAUGGCGGUCAAGCGCAGCGAACGAGCGGCGGACAAGGAGCAGUCGUGGCUGGCACGAAAGUACUGGGAGAACGAGCGACUGGAGCGGCAGCUGCUCAAGUGCGAGCAGCUGGAGGAGUACAAACGGGCCGUGCACGACAAACAGUUCCAGGACUAUCUGGUGACUAAGGCGCGUCUGCAGGCGUUGGCCGAACGCGAUCUGGCCGAGCUGCGGCGUCUGCGUGGCGCCCUGGACGCUAAGGAUACGGCGGCCAAGCAGCGGCUGGCGGCAAUGCGCUUGGAGCGCGACAUGACGCUCUGCCAGCGGCGCUGCGAGGAGUCUCGUCGCAGCGAAGCGGUCAACUUGCAGCAGGAGGAGCAGCAGCUGGAUGAGACGCUGCGCAAGCGUGACACGUGCAUGCGGCUCACACAGCGACUGCGCCAUGCGGAUCAGCUGCGUUCACAGCUACUGGAGAGCUACUUGAAGCGGCUGCAGCAUGACAAUCAGCUGGAGCAGCUGCACCACGAGGAGCACUGGCGCGCGUGCCAACAAACGGAGCGCCUGAAGCGCGAGCAACUGCAGCAGGACAUCCAGCGCAAGCGACAGCAAUCGCAACGCUUCGCCGACUGCCGCCAGCGAAAGCACGAGGCGCGCUUCCGCACUGCCAAGAUCUCAGCCAGCCUCAGAGAACUCGUGCGCCAGUCUGUGACGCCCGAGUCGGCCGUGGAGCAGCCAUCGCACAGCUUCCACGCCCAGCAGCACUUGCAGCUGCAGCGCCUGCUCUGCAACCCACGUACAGCAAAAGACUUCCCCAAGUAACUACCAAAAUAAAGCCCGAAUAAUUGGGUUAAUAAUUACUAAGUGUGCAAUUGUUGUUAUCAUGUGAAAUAAAUAAGAGAAAUUCAAGUCGAAGUGGAGGGAUCUGCGUUAGACUCAACAACUGCUAAACAACUCAUAUGUAUAAUAGAU